AAAUACGUGCUCGUGCUCUUGUGGUCGGUAUUUCUCAGGUGUGCUUUAGAUCUUUUGGAUCUUGUUAUUGACCCAACAUCAUCACAUUCGUUUCUUACACGCCUUUCAAGAUACCAACGAGCGAGCCUCAACCUCUGUUCGAGUCUGAGCUUAAGUCUCUCAGCUGCAACUAUAUAUCACCAGUUGCCGAGAUACAUUCCCUAGGAAUUGGACAAACACAAAGCCUCAUUACUCUGAGAGAACCCAUCAACAAGCAAAGCUGUUCCUCCAUACGCCAAGUUUCAACCACUCAUGCUCAACACUUCAAUAUUCACUUUCUCGCAAUAUCAAGCAACCAAAUCACUAAUUCACAAUCACAACCUCCCCAUCCAACACGAGCACAACAGCACAAGCCCAAAAUGUGCCAAUACUACGCCCACGCCUUCACGUGCAAACACCUCUCCUUUACGUUCGCCCGCUUCUGCCAACCCGCUAGCCUCAUCCAGAAGCCCUGCGCCAAGAGGCAGGUAUGGCAGACUAUCGGUCUCGACGACGCUUGCGAGGAGUGCUUGACCUGGUUCCCUGAUCAGUACCCGUGCCGGAG